AUGAAUCCAAACUAUCCUUCAAUUAAAGUUAAGUAGUUAGCUUACCAAAAGAAAUUUAUCCAAAGAUAAGAUAGUUUCUCUUCCUAAACAAAUGAAAACUCUCAAUAAAGUAGUAAAAGUUUUAGAUCCAAAGAUCCUGUUUUGGAGAAUACACCUAUUCAUCUCAACAUUUUGCAUAAAGAUAAGCAUACAAAACUAAAUAUAAACAAUAUUGAAGUUUAUUUUCCUCAUAAACCUUAUGAUGUUUAAGUAGUAUACAUGGAGAGUGUCAUAAAAUGUUUAUAAGAAAGAACUCACGGUUUAUUAGAAUCUCCGACUGGUACAGGAAAAACUUUAUCUAUGCUUUGUGCGUGUUUAGGAUGGCUAUAAUAAAGGAGAGAGUAAUAAUAAGGAAUUAAAGAUAUUAUUCCAAAUAGAAUUAUUUAUUGCUCUAGAACUCAUAGUUAAAUAUAGCAGGUAGUUAAAGAAAUAAAAACAACAGCUUAUUAGCCAAAGAUAAUAGUGUAAGGUUCAAGAGAGCAGUAUUGCAUUAAGAAAGAAUUUUAAUAGUUGAAAGGAGGUCUACUAAAUACUUCAUGCUAAAAAGCAAUUAGCCAACUUAAUCCACAAACUUACUGUAGAUACUUUAAGGGAACUAUGGAUGAAAGCAGAGAUUUUUUUAAACUUAGAAUGCCAGAUAUAGAGGACUUAAGAAGUGAUGGAUAUAACAAUAAUUACUGUCCCUUUUAUCAUACCUAGAAAGUUAACAAUGCAGUAGAUGUUCUUUUUCUUCCAUAUAACUAUUUACUUGAUAGAAAUGUGAUGAAUUAAGCUAAUAUAAAUAUAAAAAACGCUGUAAUUAUAUUUGAUGAAGCUCACAAUAUACACAAAUCAGCAGAAGAAGGUUAUUCUUUGUUUUUAAACUAUUCUUCUUUGUGUGCUGCCGAAGCUGAUUUGCUAAAUCUUCUUAAGUAUAUUGAAAAUGGGUAUGUAGAUGACUAAAAUAAUUCAACUUCGCCUGCACCUUUAGGUGCUGCAAAAAGAGGAACACCUAUCAAAGAGUUAAGCGAAUUCGACACAAAAAAUUUUACUAGCUCCUCAUUUGACUGUAAGGCAAUGCUUGGGCCGAUUUAGGAAUUAAGAAAUUAUUUUAAACAAAUGGCCUUAAAAUAGAUAAGAGAAAAUUAAUAAAACUAGUAUAAUGAAUACAACUGUGAUAAUAUUUAGAUUUAGAAUGGUAAAGACAUAUUCGAAUUGAUCUAAAUCCAUACAAGAACAUCAAAAGAAUAAAUUAAUGAAAAUUCUGUUGAUAAAUACAUGAAGGCUCUUGAUAAAUAAAAAGGCACAUAAUUUGUUUCAUUUGAAAACGGAUUGAGCUAAAGUAAUUUAGCAUAAUAUAUAGACAAAGCUUAUAAAGCAAUUAAAGACUUGAGUAUAGGAGCUUCACAUCAUGGUCUAGAAACUUGGGUCAAAUUCUUAGAAGGAUUAAAAGAUUUAUGGACUAGUCACAAUGAAUUUAAUUUAAAAACGAAAAAGUCAGACAAUCCUUCAUAGUUAUGUUAAACUAAUGAUGUCAUGCAAGACUAUAAGCUUUAUUUUGAUUUAGAAGAUCCAGAAAAUCCAUAAUUAAAUCUUACUUGCCUUAAUCCCAGCUUGAAUUUCAAAAAAAUUCUUCAGUAAGAUCCUCAUUGCUUACUUUUUACCUCAGGAACAUUAAAACCAUUUAAUUUUUGGAAGACUGAGUUGCAAAUUCCAUUUAACGUAAUCCUUGAAAAUAAGCAUGUCAUAGAUUCGAAAAAGCAGCUUUUUUCUGCUGUGAUAAAAGGUAGACCUUCAAAAUCAUCUGUUAUCACAACAUAUAAGCAAACCUUUAACUUUAGCUAUGAAAAAAGAAAGGAUUAAGAUAUGAUUUUAGAUCUUGGUAAUGCUCUAGCUGAACUUUUUGAAAUUAUUCCGAAUGGUGUUUUAAUCGUUUUUCCAUCAAAUUAACUAAUGAAUUAGUGUAGAUCUUAAUGGUCAAAUUUCUUUUCUAAUCAAAAUAGCAACAAUUAAUAAUAAAAAAUAUACAAUCGCUUAUUAUCAAAGAAAUUCAUUUACUGGGAAGGAAAAACUAAUACUGAAACAAUGAGUGCUAUGUAAGAUUUUAGAUAAAAGUCAAAAACGUAAAAAGGUUCUGCAUUUUUUUGUGUAGCAAGAGGUAAAAUUACAGAAGGUAUUGACUUUGCUGAUGAAUCUGCAAGAGCAGUUAUUUUAAUAGGCUUACCAUAUCCUCCACUUAAAAAUAUCAAUAUAUAAGUAAAAAAAGACUAUUUAAAUCAAUAAAGUAAAUUAAAUUCUUAAAGAAUAAAUGGAAAUGAAUGGUAUGUGCAAGAAGCCAUCAGAGCGAUGAAUUAAUCCAUUGGAAGAGUAAUUAGGCAUAUUAACGACUGGGGAAGUGUUAUAUUUUUAGAUGAAAGAUUUGGACAAUAAGAUAUAAUAAAACACAUGCCUUCUUGGUGCUUAACACAAUAAAUUGAUUCAUUUGAUUAAGCUCUUAUAUAGUUAUCGCAAUUUUUUAGUGAGAAAAAAAUGGCCUCUAAAUAAAAAUAAGAGGAGCUAAGAAAAUAAAUUAACUUAAAGAAAAAAGAUAAUUUAGAAUUAGAAUAAGCAGAAUAAUAAUCAUUUAGUAAUACAUAAAAACCAUAACAUGGUAUUUAAGUAGUUUAAAAAAGGGCUUUUGAUUUUACUUCUGUUAAAAGCUUAUAAAAUUAAAUUUAGAAGCCUUAGAAACUUUUUAAAUAAAAUAUUUUAGUAAGCAAAGAUGAGGAAUCUCAAAAAAGUUACUAAACACUUGAAAAACCAGUCUAAAAUAUAAAAAAGAAUCCUUUUUGCUAAUCAUCUGAUGAUGAAGAAAACUAACCUGAGUAAAAAUUUUAAAUAGUUAAACCUAGUUAAUCAAUAAAAUAAGAAAAUAAUUAAAAUACUACUUCAAGCUAAUUUGAUUUUUCUAAGCCAAUAAAAAUAAAAUCUUCUUAAGAUAAAAUUAUGAUUAAAAACGUCUCUUCUAAUGUAAAUAAUUAACAAAAUGUAAUGAGUACAAAAAAUUCUAUUUACACAAAUAAAAUAUUUUUUGAAUCUUGA